AUGAAGAACGUUUCCUUCACGCUUGUGUUCUUGGUGGCUCUUCUUUCUCUUGUCUUUCGACAAGAGCUUGUGGAGGGCAGGACAUUAAUUCCAAACAGAGGCGACGGGAAUUAUCACGAUCCAGUUUGUAACCCCUAUGAUCCAAAAUGCGUCAAACCUUGUAAUCCAGAGAAUCCAAAUUGCGUCAUGAAACAACGUGACAUGGAUACAAAUAGAGCCGGCGGGAAUAUACACGACCCCGUUUGUAACCCGUCUGAUCCUAAAUGCAACAAACCUUGUAAUCCAGAGAAUCCAAAUUGUUGA